ACCGAUUUUUGAACGAGGAAAACUUGUGAUUUUCAUCUGUUAUUUGUUUUUGCAAGUUUCAACCAUAGAGUGGAAAGAGAAGUGAAUGAGAAAUUGAAUUUCCAUGAGCAAUUGAUUUUAGCAAAGUCGAAGAAAGGGUUUGUUUUGUUUGGAAUUGUUAACAUUUGACAGUGUCAUAGCUCUAAAACGAUGAGAGAUAUUUGUCGAAACUUCCAGCGAGGCAGCUGCCAAUAUGGAGAAAGGUGCAGAUAUUUACAUGUCAACAACCAACAGAGAAAACCUAACGUUCAAGGGUUUGGAGGACAAAACGGUUCUCACCAACAGAAAAGUACAAAUCCCUUUGGAUUUGGGUCUGGUUCUGGCUCUGGCUUUGGGUCACAACAACAACAGAAGUCUAAUCCUUUUGGUUUUGGCACGCAGAACAGUUCCCAGUUAAAUGGGGGGCCUCGUUCUGAGUAUAAACCGAACCAAUACAAGCCUUUUGAAAACAAAUGGAAUCGACAGUCGUCCAAACCCCAGAAUGGUGGGAAAUCUGACAACAAUCCCCAACCAGUAGAUCAUAAAUGCACAGAUCCUGAGAACUGCAAGCGCCAGAUUGCAGAAGAUUUCGAGAAAGAGAAACCAAUUUGGAUACUUACAUGCUACAGUCAUUGCAAAGGUGCUCCUUGUGACAUUGUUGGUGAUAUUAGCUUUGAAGAAUUGCGGGCAUCAGCUUAUGAGGAUGCUAAGCGUGGGAUGAGCUUGCAAUCAAUAAUUGAGAAAGAGAGAAGUAUACUGAAAUCCAAGAUGCUUGAGUUUGAGAAACUACUUUCUGAACCUUACCAAAAACCAAUAAAUUCUUCUCUUGACGGUCAAAGACCCCAAUCCAUGGGAGCCAAUACAAAUCCGUCAGGAACAUCUCAAAGUAAUGGUCCUUUGUCAGUCUCAAGCUUUAGCCAACUGGGUACUUCAAUGAACAUGGGUUUUGGAAGGCCAUCUACACCACCAACAAACACUCUGGCACAGCCUAGUUUCUUUGGAAUUGGAGGAAACCUAAACAGCAGUGGCUCCUUCGGUGUUCAAAGCAACCCCCAUUCUACACCAGUGGAUUUGACAAUAUUUCCGGGUUCAACUCAGCAAACACCAGCCACAUUCAAUAACUCCGGUUUUCAAACAACAUCAGAUGUCCUGUUGUCAAAUAAGUUACAACCGGAAAACGUGACAGGAGAUGUCAGUAUUUGGUUAAAAGAGAAAUGGAAUCUAGGAGAGAUUCCAGAAGAAGCUCCUCCUGAUUCAUUCGUACGGUAGACAUUAGUAAAAUGGCAUCUGAAACAAAGGAACCAAUACUGCAUUACCACUCAGCAAGAUUUUGGUUUCGUGGUUGAACUAAAAAGAUCAAUAGCAUAUUUUAGGUCAAUAUUUGGUAUUCAUUUGAUCGGAUUCCACUCUUUUAAUGCCUGAGUAUGCCAUUAUGUAUGUAAGAAACCUACUACGCAAUACUUUUUUUUUUCUGGCAGUAAUUACGCCUUUUUCAAAUGAAAAAACAAGCCAGAUGUUUUUCUUUUACA